GCAUAUUUUCUUUCAAAUUCUGUUUCAUGCAAUUUCUCGAUUCCCGAAACGAAACGCGACGAAUUGUGAGAUACUACUAUGAAAGAUGGAGGAUCAGAAAACGAAGCGGAUAAGCCAAAACCCAUCAAGAUCUAUCAUCAGUCUCAAGGAUAUUCCUCCUCUCGAUCCAUCUUCUAUCCCCACAAAUUCCUCUCCGAGACCAAGAACAAUGACGGAGCCAGUUAAUGUUGCAAAGCAGAGAUUUGAAGAGAAGAGUGAGUUGAAGCUUAAAAUGCUUAAUGGGGUUGAAGAAGACAAUGUCAAAUCGCUGUCCUUCUCUAACAUUCAGAUUGAUCCUAACAGCACAAGAACCGUAAACAUCAAACAAGAGAAGAAGCUAGUUCCCAAACCACAAGAAGAAGAAGAAGAAGACACCAAACAAAAACCUAAAGCUGAAACGAAGAAAGGGUCAGCAAAAUUGGUGUUACACGAAAUAUGUAGUUCCAUGCGGUGGAAACCUCCGGUUUAUGAGUGCUGCAGAGUCGAUGGACCUUGCCAUAUGAGAUUAUUUACAUACAAAACUGUGGUUGAGAUUAGAGAUUCUUCAGGGACAACUGUUUUGGAGUGUUUUGGGGAUCCCAAACGCAAGAAGAAAGCUGCGGCUGAGCAUGCAGCGGAAGCAGCCCUCUGGUAUCUUGAGCAUGCAAGGCGAAGCCAGACAAAGCUGCAUCAGUAAAGCAUCAUCUAGCUUUGUCCGUGAAGCAACGGGAGAGUAGAUUAGAGUUUUUACACAGUUGUAAGAGAGAGUCUUAGAAUAUAUACCAUCUGUUACUUAAUGGAUUGUACAGACUACAGUGUUGAUCUAAAUCAGAUUUUUUUUUUUUGUUGGUCCUCAAGUCUGUAUCAGUAUUUACUGAGAGUAAAUGUUCA